GCAUCGUGAUUUUCUGAGAUUCUUGUGGUUUGAAGAUAACAACCCAAGCAAGCAGAUCACUGAGUACCACAUGAAAGUGCAUGUCUUUGGGAAUUCUCCCUCCCCUGCAGUAGCCAUAUAUGGCCUGAGGAAAGCGGCCCUGCAUGGUGAGAAAGAACAUGGUGCUGAAGCUAAACAAUUCAUUAUGAGGAACUUCUACGUCGACGAUGGGCUUUCCUCUUUUCCCACUGAAGGCGAGGCCAUCUCGGACCUGAAAAGAACAAAGGAAAUGUUAGCAGAGUCAAGCAUCAAGUUACACAAAAUAGCAUCCGACAGUCGGGCUGUGAUGGACACCUUUCCCCCUGAGGAGAGGGCCAAAAACCUAGUGGAUUUGGAGAUAACUGUAGACCCUUUGCCACUACAACGGACUCUAGGACUGACUUGGAAUUUACAGUCUGACACUUUCACCUUCCGCGUAUCCAGAGAACAGAAGCCAUUCACUAGAAGGGGAAUCCUGUCUACUGUUAAUGGACUUUAUGAUCCCCUGGGAUACGUGUCUCUUCGAGUACAACGUCAAAGACCUCUACAGCAAGCAGUGGAAGCAGGUCCAGGCUCUGGCUGAUGCCUUCUGGAAACGCUGGCGUCAAGAGUAUCUGACGUCACUUCAACCAAGGCGAAAGUGGCACGUGGACAAGCCAAACCUGACAGAAGGAGAUGUUGUGCAUCUUAAAGAUACACAAGUCAAGAGAAACAAGUGUCCUGUUUGAGUGGUUGUGAACGCUAUUCCCAGCAAAGAAUGUAAAGUCCGCAAAGUGGACGCAAAAGUAGUCAGACAGGGUACUCAAAAGGUUUAUUCUAGGCCCAUCUCGGAGGUUAUUCUGCUUUUAAAAAGGGAAUAGUGUUAUAAAGCAUUAUAACGGGCGGGGAGUGUGAUGUUCUGUUAUUAACAUUGGGCAAAAGGGAGACCUCCAGUGGUCAAGAUUGUCGCAGCAGCGUUUAUUUGCACUUUCAGUGUUCAGGCUGUAUGAGGAAAACAAACAGUCACGGUUCUUACUCUGCAUUUUAUGGCCAGGAAAACAUUUGCCUUUUUACAGUGAAUCUUAAGUAAAGCUUGAAGAGAAUUUUGGCAUCCGGCUUUUCUUGGGAAACCUGUUGUCUAUCUGCCGAGCUUGUAGCCACACACACACACGAGUAGGGGCAGAAUAGGUAUAGUAAAUUCACACAUUACCUAGAGAAUAUUUGGUAAUUCAAUUAAGAAAAUCAACAUCGGAGGAAAAAUCACAGGUCUUAACUUCUUAAAAGAGAAUGUGUGGUGUUUUACCACCGGAUUGACAAUAAUGAACAAUCCCAGGAUCCCAGUAGAAAUAAGAACUAUGUUUUAAUACGUGUACUUAGCCUUGUUCAAAUUCUAAUCCAUAGAAAAAUAACAUUUAUGGGGUGGACAUUACGCUGUCUCUUUAUGUAUCGACUUAUUUGAUUCAUGAUAUAAUUACACACAAGUCUUUAUCUUUGUUUGUCUCCUCAGAACACAAAAUGACCAGCCUACGACCGACUGCUGGUGAAUCCCCUUCAGCUUCAGAUACAGCUGCCCAGUCAGAUUUCCAGUCUCCUGGAAAUCCUCCCGUUCACAUGCUCCGAUGGUCUGCCCAGUCUCCAGCUCAGCCGGAAGUCUCACAACCAGCAUUGGCGCUCAUUAGGAACAGCAUCAUCCUGCUUCCAUCUACUCAACAUUCUACACAUCUACAGCUGAGUCAACAACUUAUUGCCAUUCUCAUGUUCAACUUUCUCAGUGUUUACAGUUCUUUGUUUUUCUUUGGCCUCACUUUUUUCAGAUUAUAGAUUUUUCUUGUGUGCCUGCUUGCCUGUGUACUGACUUUUGCCUGUGCCAAUGACGAAGAGUACCGGAAGCCCCAGUGAAGCUGGGCAACACAUUUGGCCUGCCUACAAUUCUGGUUUACAGGUGGCACUGAAUACCAGUAAUAUGAUGACACCUUGCACACCACUCACAGUAAAUGCAUAGAGAGGAAGAACGUGCAAGUCUGCUGCUGUAAUGGACUGCAUGCAGAGGAGAGGCAGUUGACAAGAAAAUUACUUGGAUACACCCCUGAUGCAUCAGUCAGCAGUGCUGAAAAUAGUGAAGACGGGUACAUUCCUGACACAUCUGAGACUAGUUCUGAAGAAAGUGAAAGGAUCCCUUCACCUAAAAAGAGAAGAAUUGAGACCGACUCCAGAACACAAUCGCAUGAUAAAGUGACCUCACACAACAAAAGCAAAGAGACUGUACCUUCAUACAGAGAACAGUCAGAGUCUGAAGAUCAAAACGGGAAUGCAGAGCUACCACGAAAACCUCAUCAGUCAUCUUCAGUGUCCAAAGAGAAAGCACCUGCAGACAGAGACCAGUCAGAGUCAGUACAGGUAUGCAGAGCAACAGCAAAAACCUCAGUCGCCUUCAGUCUCCAAAGGUUCUUUGAAGUCAAAAAGAAGACAAUAGUCCUCUGAAGAGAUCAAGGCGGUGGAAGACAAAUUCAUGGAUUGGAUAUCCUCUGGCAGAGUUCUUGGUAAAAAAGAAUGUAUAGAAUGUAUAAGUGCAACUCCAGCAGCACUUAAAUCCAGAAACUGGGAAGCAGUUAAGGUUUAUGUGAAGAAUCGCAUAACUGCAUAUCAAAGAGAGAGUGAAAAAAGGAUGUAAACAAUUAGCCUUGCGGUCCAUGUGUUUGGUCAUUGUGACCUACUGUUUUGUUUAUCAGUUUGGUUUUUUGGACCGUAGAGGCUUCACCUAAUCUCUUAAAAAGAAAAAAGAUGGUACCUUUUUAUCCGCCUAUUUGUCUGUCUGUCUUUGUCUAUUUGUCUAUCUGACUGUUGUCUAUCUGUCUAUCUAUGGAUCUAAUUGUUGAUCUAUUUGUCUUUCUAUUUGUCUAUCCGUCUCUGUUCCGAUGUGGAUCACUUUUUUCUUUUCAUUUUAGCAUCUUCCCUCCCUUCAUUCUGUUAUUCCACCUCUCUAUUAUAUAAUUUCUACACCAUUUACAAGCUGCUCCCUUUCUUUUUCUACAACUCUUGUGCUUUCUCUAUCUCUUUUUUGUUGUAUCUCCAUGCUGUACCGUUUCAUUCCUCUUUUUUCUAACUCCAAGAAAUUUUAUGACCAGUUCAACACCCGAGAGAUUUUGUAUAACUACAAGUUCACCCAAUCUGUAAAAAAAAAAACAACAAAAAAAGACGUUAAAAGGAAAAUGCAGAUUACAAAUGAUAUAUUUGGAGUAAAAAAUUGAUCAAGUUUUUUUUUUCUAAUACUGCACUGACAUACAAAUUUAUUUAUGUAGUGCUUUUUACACCUGUUUGUCACAAAGCAACUUUGCAGAAUGUGUCAGAACACCUAAUGAGCAAGCUAAGGGUGAGGAAAAAAUCUUGAUGACAUCUGGAGAACAGGUGAGCAAAAGAAUAUUGAUGACUGUUGAUAUGAUCUGGAGUUCAUGUGAAUUAUGUUUAAUAUUUCCUUAAAAAUUGAGGGGAAAAAGACAUUAAAAAAAAAAAAACAUUUAAGAUGUGGUCCCCACUGGUAACCUUCCAGACAUACACAUGACAUAUGACGUCAUAUUUUCAUAUGCAAAUUUUUUGACAUUGAGGUCAGAGCAUCAGCUCAGAGAAUCAGUGUUUUGGUCAGACAGCACCACCGUGCUCAAGUACAUAGGAAACAGAACCAGCAGAUUCCGCACCUUUGUCGCCAAUCGUGUGGAGACUAUUCUAAAACUGUCUGUCAUGUCAAGAGGGCUCAAAGUUCAUGCAAGUUUGAUCAAGCCCGAGGAUGAGUGGCCACAAAAUCCAGACCACCCUGACAAUCUUACCACUGAGUAUCCAGAAGUCAGAGAUGUUAUAGUCAGUGCUACUGUAGCUGAGGAGCAGGUGGAUACAGUUCAGCAGUUUCUGGAAAACUACUCCUCUUGGUUCCGCCUAAGAAAGGCUGUUGCCUGGAUCCUAAAGGUUAAGAACAUUUUAAUAUACUUAUGUCGAAAAAGAAAGGAACUAGAGGCUUCUCGUCCUCAAUUAGAAAUUUGUAGAAUGAUACAGAGUUUAAAGAAUGAAUUUAGAGGAAGCAAUCUUACAGUGGAAGACUUAAAGGUGGCAGAUCUUGAGAUCAUUCGUUUCAGUCAGCAGCAAAAAUUCUCAGAAGAGAUUUCAGCACUGCGUAAAGGUGACAGGUUGAAGAAAGGUAGUCACAUUUAUAAGCUCAAUCCUAUUCUUCAGGGUGGUAUCCUUAGAGUAGGCGGACGACUCCACAAAUCAACUAUGCCUGAAGAAGUUAAACACCCAGCUAUCCUGCACAAGAACUCGUAUGUGACGGAUCUUAUCCUCAGAGAGAUCCACCAGAGCUUAGGUCAUAGUGGUCGGAACCAUAUGCUGUCUAAGCUGCAACUUAAAUUUUGGAUUCCUGGUGCUAAGGCUGCCAUAAGGAAAGUUAUUUCCAAGUACAUGGUGUCACUGGACAACAGCAGAUGGCUGACCUACCUUGUGACAGGAUCAUUCCAGAUGAUCCCCCAUUCACCAACACUGGGGUUGAUUACUUUGGCCCAUUCGUAGUUAGAUGGGGUAGAAGCAUUGUAAAGAGGUACGGAGUCAUCUUCACCUGUUUGGCUGUGCGGGCAGUCCACAUUGAAAUGGCAUCAUCAUUAGACACAGACUCCUUUAUCAACACCCUUCGCCGUUUCUUUGCAAGAAGAGGCCAAGUAAAGAUUCUUUGCUCUGACAACGGGACAAAUUUUGUUGGAGCUGAGCGUGAGCUGAAGAGAGCCAUUGAAAAGUGGAACAUUUCCAGGAUCGAGGAUACUACACGUCAAAGGGGAAUUCAGUGGACGUUCAACCCCCAUGCUGGUUCUCAUCACGGUGGAGUCUGGGAGCGACUGAUCCGAUCAGUUAGAAAGAUUCUUAAUGCCACUUUGAAGCUCCAGAUGUUGGAUGACGAAGGCUUUCACACUGUUUUGUGUGAGGCUGAGGCCAUCAUUAACAGUCGUCCAAUUACCAAGGCUUCUAGUGACCCAAAUGACUUGGAAGCGCUCACUCCCAAUCACCUCUUGCUUCUUCAUGCUAAGCCAUGUUUACCACCUGGACUCUUUGUGAAGGAAGAUUUGUACAUCCACAGAAGAUGGAAACAAGUCCAAUACAUGGCGGACAUCUUCUGGAAACGAUGGACAAGAGAGUACCUACCUCAGCUACAAGAGCGCCAGAAGUGGACUCGCAUAUCACGCAACUUCACUGUUGGGGACAUUGUGCUGAUUGUUGACCAUACUGCUCCACGCAUCUCCUGGGUCAUGGGCAAAGUUGUAGAAGAGAUUCCUGAUAAAAAUGUAUUGGUGCUUCAGGUCCGUAUUAAAACCAAGACAAGCAUGUUGUACAGACCAAUCACCAAGCUCUGUCUUCUGCAAGAAGCUGAAUGAGGCAGUGGUAAAGACUGUCCUCCAUCGGUGUGCCAUGUGCUAGUAACCUCUGGCACCAGGUAAAAUGGUAAAUCAAGCAACGAAGACAUUCGGUAGAAGAAUUAUUUUUGUUUAAUUUUGGCUCCCUAUUUUAGUUGUUGGUAAUUGACUCUAAACAAGAGGACAAUUAGGGGCCGGUAUGUAGGAGCCAAAAUAUAAAGAUCAUCUUUUGCAUUGUGUGUAAAUGUAAAUAGGUAUAUACUGCUGCUUAACACAGUAUUAAUAUGCCAAAAGUGAUAUUUGUACUGACUAUGUAGAUACAAAUGUCUUCUGGCUCCAUUUGUUUAUGUUCAGAAAUUAGGUGCUCUGUCACUUUAAGAGCUACGAGCUACAGUGCUGGAGUGGGACAUGUUUUUAGGUAGUUUUGGAGUGAGCAGAGUAGGACACAGGUAGCAACAGUUUUCUUACCGUGUUUGGCGUUACGGUUUGUGUUGCUUCUCAUUUUUGGAACAACCUAACUAUGGUUUGAAAGUUUGUUUUAAUUUAAUUUCAUAACGUGUACAGUCAGGAAUAAACAACCGUUUUCUGUUCCUUCUUA